AUGGAACAAGCUGCGCAAAACGCCGGACAACAGCAAGGCCGACAGCAACCCGUGUAUGACACCCGGAAUGGCGGUCAUUACGGUAAGCCGACGCCCUCAUACAAGCGCCCUGAUCUUAUGGUCAACCAGGGACUGCAGGGAACGGCCCGAGACAUCCUGACGACGUACUGGCAGCACAUCAUCAACCACCUCGAAUCAGAUAAUCACGACUACAAGAUCCACCAGUUGCCCUUAGCCCGCAUAAAGAAGGUGAUGAAAGCAGACCCCGAGGUGAAGAUGAUAUCCGCGGAAGCACCCAUCUUGUUCGCGAAGGGCUGUGACAUCUUCAUCACGGAGUUGACCAUGAGGGCAUGGAUCCAUGCUGAGGAUAACAAGCGGCGCACUCUGCAACGGUCGGACAUUGCCGCUGCCUUGUCCAAGUCUGACAUGUUUGAUUUUCUCAUUGACAUAGUCCCUCGCGAGGAGGCCACGUCGCACGCUAAGCGAUCCAGCCAGGCCGCUGCCCCCGCCGGCCCAACUGGGCCAGCGGGCGCUCCAGGGCAGAUGCCGCCCUCUCAGCACGGAGUCCAGCACCAUAUGGCUCCGCCGGAGUACGCUUUGGGGCAGCACGGUCUCCAGGACCAGGAAUACCGGCAGCCCACCAUGUAUGCAGGUCCGGUGCAGUCAGACCCAACUGCAGCUUAUGGACAGCCGCAACCCCAAAUGUUUGAAGGCAUUGAAUGUCUGGCAAACCUGAUAUCCCGGUUUUAUUGUUACCCUUUUUAUGGUCUACUGUAUUUCUUUUUAUGCGCUGCGUGA